CCAUUAAAUUAGUCUUCUACCAAAAAAACAAGUCAUUACAGACACACAGGACUACAGGAGCUCUACCUGUUAGUCGUGCAUAUCAGGGCCACCUUGACUCAUUUGGGUCUCGUAUUCUCUGCUCUGUGAGUUCCUCUCCGGUUGUGGUCACUAGGACUCUCUCUUUCUCUAUCUGUUUCUGGUUUUAAUUCCAGCUAGUACUGUGCUAUUUCCUGCAGAAUUUUUUUAUAGUUCAUGAACAUCUACAAAUUCGAUUUUGCAGAACUUUCAUUGUUCCCAAAAGAGCAACUUCUACUGUUUGAUAACAAAGAGGAACCUUGAAUUCUGUUGGUUUUCAUUGUAUUUUUUAGGAAUUUCUUCAUUUAAUUAUUUCUAAGAGGUCUAGCUUUGGGAGUUUGGAUUCAUACCGUAGCAGAUAACAUGUUUGAGCUUUUCGCAUCUUCCGGGGCCAAGAUGAGGACUGUUGGAGAAGAUCUGUUAAGUGCUUUUUUACCUUUGAUGAAACUCCUCUGCCUUACUGUCAUAGGCUUAAUUCUUGGAAAAACCCAAAUUGUAUCGAGAGAAACUUUCAAGCUCCUUAGCAAACUUGUGUUUGCUUUGUUCUUACCUUGUCUCAUCUUCACUCAUCUUGGUGAAUCCAUGACCCUGGAAAAUUUUUCCCUAUGGUGGUUCAUCCCCGUUAAUGUAUUGGUUAGCACAGUCAUUGGUUGUAUAUUGGGGAUUGUGGUGGCAAUCAUAUGUCGCCCACCUCCUGAAUUCUUUCGUUUCACCAUUAUAAUGACAGCUUUUGGGAAUACUGGGAAUCUCCCUUUUGCUAUAAUAGGCUCUGUCUGCCAUAGCUCAGAUCAGCCUUUUGGACCUGAUUGUCAUAGAACUGGUGUUGCUUAUGUCUCUUUUGCACAAUGGGUUGCUGUUAUUCUUGUAUAUACUUUAGUUUACCAUAUGAUGGAGCCCCCAUUGGAGUAUUAUGAGGUUGUUGAAGAGGGUACUGAAAUUGAGGAACUGGUUCCAGUUGGAGAUGUGAGUCGGCCUAUCCUUGUUGAAGCUGAAUGGCCAGGUAUGGAGGAUAAAGAGACUGAACAUUCCAAGACACCCUUCAUUGCCAGGGUCUUCAAUAGUCUCUCAGGUUUGUCGCAGACUACAUUUCCUGAUCUUGAUCUCACAGAAGAGGGACGUGGUGGUAGCAGCAGUGGAGGUGGUGAUAGCAGCAGUCCCAAGUCCAUUAGGUGUUUGGCAGAGCCCAGGGUUGUCCGAAAGAUUAGAAUUGUUGCUGAACAAACUCCAAUACAGCACAUAAUGCAACCCCCAACAAUUGCUUCUCUAUUAGCAAUUGUUAUUGGGAUGGUACCCCAAAUCAAGGCCUUUGUCUUUGGAGCUGAUGCUCCACUUUCUUUUUUCACAGACAGCUUGGAUAUCUUGGCAGGUGCAAUGGUGCCUUCUGUGAUGCUUAUUCUUGGGGGAAUGGUCGCAGAAGGGCCACAUGACUCUAAACUUGGGAUUCAAACUACAAUUGGUAUCAUUGUGGCAAGGCUGUUGGUCCUUCCUUUGCUGGGAAUCGGGGUUGUUGCUUUGGCAGAUAAACUGCAUCUUCUAGUCCAAGGUGAUCAAAUGUACAGGUUUGUGCUUUUAUUGCAAUAUACAACGCCGAGCGCCAUCUUGUUGGCAGCAAUUGCCCGUUUGAGGGGUUAUGCAGUCAGUGAGGCUUCGGCACUCCUCUUCUGGCAGCAUGUGUUUGCUGUGUUCUCUCUUUCGCUUUAUGUUUUCAUAUACUUUAAAUUGCUUUCAUAUGUAUGAGACCUUAUCUAAGGUUGAGGCGAUCUAUUUUUAGGAUGACUAUCAAAAUAUACUGAAACCUUAAAAUUUCUCAUUAUUGCCAGAACUUGAUGUA